AUGGCCACACUCAACCCAAACCCAGACUUUGUUGACCGAGAUGUCAAGAUCCAGAGGGUAACGCGUUUCCCUGCUGCCGCCGACUUUCGAUCGCCAGCACAGCCGCCAGCCGGUCUGGACAGCUGGCACGCCCAAGCCGGGAACUUCAGGGCUCCUCCUCCUUACGAAACACCGCGCACGGAUGAUGCGAUGGAUAAGCAAGGCAUCGUGGUAGGCUAUCAGCCUUCCCAGAGCUGGGAAUACGAUGCUUCACGUGUUGCUGCGAGGCAGGCCUUUACCAAGCAGAAGAGGUUGUCAUCGCAUCUCAACAAGUCAAAGUCCAAGAGGAGGAACAAGCCGUUCGGCCAGACCAUGAGGCCCACUAUUGCAGUCGACACCAACUACAGUCGUCAUCGUGGCCCUGCGCCGCGUCAAGUCUUUCCUGCUGCCGUCGGAGGAUUAUUUGCUACGGGUAGGCCGGGCAUGGUAUCACCUGAAGAGGAGAAGGCUCCAAGCAAGUUUAAGUGGCUGGGACUGGUCAAAUCUGCGUCGAUACGCAAGUUGAGACCCGAAGACAGGAAAGAAAGCUUUGACACGCUGGCUCCCAGCUAUGAGCUGCAAGAGAAAGGGCCCAUGCCGGCCGACGACGGCUUCCACUUCAAAGCGAAGACGAUGCGCAGAAACGCCCCGGAAGUCAAGCCAGAGACGAAACCAUUCAUGGUUCCAUUUGUUCCAGGACCUCCACCUGAUCCUCCGGUCGUCCACAUUGGAGUACCCGAGACCCCAGAAGGAACCAAGCCACCGCGCAUGAGCCCCCUCGAUGUGUCUCCAUCUGAUCGCCCCAUCACCAUCGGCUUGACGGUAUCACCAGAACAGGUUUCUGAGCAUGACACGCCUCAGUCUGUGCACUCAAGAGAUUUUCUGGACGUCCAUUCCGCCGGCGGCCAAAGAUCCCCCAGCCCGGGCUCUGCGGAGACGCCCACCAUCAUCGUCACCCCCGCAAGAGAGAAGGCUGGCUGGCUGUUCCCCGCCAUGGACAACCGGCCUCGUCCCGCGUCGAGCGUCUACUCUCGAGCAACGAAUGCGUACACGGUCUACAACCCCAGUCGAGAGCACAUUCCUCCCGUUCCUGCAAUUCCUGCGAACUUCGGGACCAGGAACGACAACAGCCCUGGGGGAAUCAGCACUGCGAACGGGUUUGUGAUCUCCGAGACUCCGUCUGAACCCGAACCGCCCCAACCCGGCCCGUCUUCGAAGGCGCAAGAGAUUGCGAACACCAAGAAGGCGCGUGUGACUUCUGAUGCUACCCUUUUCGAAGAGGACAACACGCCUCAGUCGGCGGGAUCCCUCAGAGGCCCUACCGGACUGUACAUUGACACGAAAAUUCCGCCAACACCGUACCGUUCUCAAGGAUGGUGGAACGUCAUCACCACUCCCUUUGAAUUUACUCCGUCUCGGUUCCGGUUCGCGUCCAACACGCCUAGCGAUGCGAGCACUCCGAUUCUGCCCUUGCGCCGGUCGUUUUUCUCUCGUUCGCCAGAUCUGCGCCGUAACUUUUCUGCAAGAUCAAGGGCAGCUCAGACCCCCCAGUCCUCGUCGACGGCAUUCAGCCCGGAGAGCUGGGAGCGUUCGUCGUUGGACGAGUCGCCAGCGAGGACUCACGACGACCUGGGGAUUUCGACGGUUCCAUCGCGCGAGUCUUUGGACAGGUCUUAUCAGCCGGAGGGUGCCCAAAGCGCGAUCAGCGCCAGCGACAGGGAAAUCCCGGUCGCCCUCGGCCAAGGAUUCGAGGCGGCUAGAUCGGAUUCUAACACGAACCCCGCGCCACCCAGCCACAAUAACGACAGCAACAAUGUGUUCCAUCUUUCCAGCCACUACAAUUUCAACGGCGUGCCUUUUUACCGGGACGAGGACUUUGUGCGACGCGACACCGUUCGUAGUACAGACACAACCCCUGUGGUCGCUGUAGCGUCGCUGGGUACAGUCCUGUCAGCGCGCGCGGUGCACGAACCGUACAAUCUGACCAACACGCCUCGCAGCAUGAACGCCUAUGUGGAAGAUGCGUCGGCUGAGCCGCGGGCGGCUUCAGCUGCAGCUACUCCCCGGCGGUCGACUUCGACACGCCGGUCCUCUAGGCCGCAUGACAUCUCGAUGCCCGCACCUGCAGGUGCAAUCCCCUCCAGUCGGCGUACCUCGGCCGACGCUCCCUUCUCCAGUCGGCGGGCUUCAGCAGAGACCCACCGCUCAAAUCAGCACCCUGCAGCAGGGUUCCCCUACUCGAGCCAUAGGGCUGCAGAAGAGCCGCACCCAAGCCAGCGUGAACAGGCGCCCUACUCUAAUCCGCCUGCUCCGGCACAGGUCCCCUACUUCCCGCCGCCGCCGACGCAGGUACACCAUCACCAUCACCAGCAGCACAACUACUUCACGCAGGAGCCGCCCAGCUACGGAUCCCCCAACGAACCACUCGAAAGAGGCGGAACUCGGAGGCCGUUCCCAGGAAGCCCCCACUACACGGAGAAGCCACAAAAGGCUGCCAAGGCCCCCAAGGCACCGCGCCAGAAGGGUGCCGGCGGCUAUUGGCACCUGUUCCCGAAGAGAGCCAAGGCGGACCCUAAUGACCCGUUGGCGAAGAAGAAAAAGAGGAGGUGCUGUUGCUGGUGCUGCUGCAUCACCUUCCUCCUAAUUCUCCUGAUCAUCAUGGCUGCUCUGCUCGGAACACUGCUGCCGAGGGGACGCAGCAGCGACGGUGGCAGCAGCUCUAGCACGGGUGGCUCCUCGACAUCGCCGGACGGCAGCCCCUCAGCAACCAACGUUCCCGACACGCCCUCGGUGUGGCUGAACCUGACGGGAUUCCCUCCGAUUCCGACAGGUGUCGCAACCAUUGCCGAGCCUGACAACAGCUACGCGGAGAGUGGGUGCGUGUCGCCUGAGACGAUGUGGAGCUGUGCGGUACCCAAAGAACAGCAGCAGGAUCUGGCACCGAACGAACCCGACCAGCCGAACUUCAAGUUUCAGAUCAAGUUCGUCAACGGCACCAUCUCCAACACGACGGCGUUGCAACCGACCAAGACCAAGCGGUCGAUCCAGCACAGAAGAUGGCUCAACUUCCUCCGUACUCGGGACGAGCCAACGGCCUCUCCUUCAGCCCCUAGCCACGAAGACCAGGCGUUUUUGGGAAACACGACGGAUGGAGCUUCGGCUCCAUUUGCAGGCGAAGAUACUCCGUUCUACAUUUCGUUCCUGAACGGCGACCAUGUGUCGUCGAAGCGUCUGGCCAAGAGGCAGAGCUCGACCAACGGAAGCAUCGCGGACAUCAUUCCGGCUCCGGAUGUUGCAUCGGACGGCACUGCGGCGGCGGCGAACCUGUUGUUCUUCCCCGCCAACCAGCCGCUGAAGCUUUACAACCGCGGCGCAGCGGACGAGCACUACGGCUUCUACAACUACUUCGACCGGUCCAUCUUCCUCAAGAACAACAUGGCGGUCAACAGCACCGACACGGGCGAGAUCCAAGCGGACCGCGACGGCGGGUCGACCAAGGACGCGGCCAAGGUGCGGUGCACGUGGCGGCAGACGCGGUACCUGGUGCAGAUCUGGACGCAGUCGAGCACGAGCAAGGCGCUGCUGGCGACGUCGACGAGCUCGGGGGCGGCGUCGAGCGCGUCGAGCGCGGCCGACUUCGACCGGCCGGGCUCGUUCCCGUACCCGGUCACCAUCACGCUGGACAGGCACGGCGGCAACAUCACGGAGAAGAUGAUCUACUGCUACGGCAUGGACGACGACGGCAAGAUCAUCGACGACUCGGCCAAGCUGCAGCUCGAGAACCGCGACUUUGGCGGCACGCUGGUGAACCCGGCGCAGGGCCCGUUCGGCGACGUCAACGUCACGCUGGCCGAGGGUGGGCCCGGCGGCAUCGACGGUGGCACCGGCGGGUGUGGAUGUAAAUGGCGGAACUGGGAGAACGCGUAG